AUGGGGGUGAAGUGGAGCCUUCAAAGUGGGGGCACCUCGCUGGGCUUCUUGGCCAACAUCCUCACCAUUCUGUCCAUGGCCACCAACUACUGGAUCCGCUACUCUGGGGGCCACAGUGGCCUGUGGCAGGAGUGCAGCGGGGGCACCUGCUCCAACAUCUCCUGCCAGACCAUGCUGGCGGUGACCGGGGCGUGCAUGGUGCUGGCGGCGGGCUGCAGCAUCGUGGGCUUGGUGAUGGGGCUGCGGAUUCUGUGCCAGGAGGGCGACUCGCGGGGCCGGACCACAAGUGCCAUCUUCUUCCUCUGCGGCCUGCUGCAGCUGAUCGCCAUGACAGGCUACACAGUGAAGAAUGCAGGGAAAAACGACGUCUUCUUCUCCUGGUCCUGUUUUUCGGGGUGGCUGGCUUUACCCUUCUCUGUUCUCGCGGGCUUCUGCUUUCUGCUGGCGGACAUGAUCAUGCAGAGCACGGAUGCCAUCAGUGGAUUCCCCGUGUGCUUAUGA